AUGGAGAUCGAACGUGCCGGCGGCGCGGGCGACGAGGACGACGCGUCCCCGGUGGAGCAGGUCCGGCUGACCGUGCCGGUGACGGACGACCCGUCGCUGCCGGUAUGGACGUUCCGCAUGUGGACGAUGGGCUUCCUCUCCUGCGCGCUCCUCUCCUUCCUCAACCAGUUCUUCGCCUACCGCGCCGAGCCCAUCAUCAUAAGCCAGAUCACCAUCCAGGUGGCGGCGCUGCCGAUCGGGCACUUCUUGGCGCGGGUGCUGCCGGAGAAGAAGUUCAGGGUGUUCGGACGGGAGUGCUCGGUGAACCCGGGGCCCUUCAACGUGAAGGAGCACGUGCUGAUCUCCAUCUUCGCCAACGCCGGCGCCUCCUUCGGCGGCGGCAACGCCUACGCCAUCGGCAUCGUCACCAUCAUCAAGGCCUUCUACAAGCGCAACAUCUCCUUCGUCACCAGCCUGCUCCUCGUCAUCACGACCCAGGUGUUGGGGUACGGCUGGGCAGGGCUGAUGAGGAAGUACGUGGUGGAGCCGGCGCACAUGUGGUGGCCGACGAGUCUGGUGCAGGUUUCUCUCAUGAGACUGAAAUCUGUUGGCAGGGCGAUGCACGAGAAGGAGAAGCGGCGGAUGACGCGGGGCAAGUUCUUCCUGAUCGCGCUCAUCUGCAGCUUUGCGUGGUACACGUUGCCGGGGUACCUGUUCCCGACGCUGACGGCCGUCUCGUGGGUGUGCUGGGUGUUCCCCAAGUCGAUCACCAUGCAGCAGAUCGGGUCCGGCCUCAACGGGCUCGGCAUCGGCGCCUUCACCCUCGACUGGGCCACGGUGGUCUCCUGGCUGGGGAGCCCUCUGGUGACGCCCUUCUUCGCCACCGCCAACGUGCUCGUCGGCUACGUCCUGCUCAUCUACAUCAUGCUGCCCGUCGCCUACUGGGUAAUCAACCUCUACAGCGCCAGCAGCUACCCGCUCUUCUCCAACGAGCUCUUCGACGCCCACGGCCAGCUCUACGACAUCCACUCCAUCGUCAACGACAAGUUCGAGAUCGACAUGGACGCCUACGCGCGGCAGGGCAGGAUCCACCUCAGCCUCUUCUUCGCCGUCAGCUACGGCCUCGGCUUCGCCACCAUCGCCGCCACCUUCACCCACGUCGCAUGCUUCUACGGCAAGGAGAUGUACCAGAGGUUCCGGGAGUCGUACAAGGGCAAGAUGGACGUGCACGCGAGGCUCAUGAAGAGGUACGACGACAUACCGAACUGGUGGUUCUACAUCCUGCUCGCGGUGUCCAUGGCGGUAUCCUUGGUCCUCUGCACCGUGUUCAAGGAGGAGGUGCAGCUGCCGUGGUGGGGCCUCCUCAUUGCCUGCGCCAUAGCCUUCGUCUUCACGCUCCCCAUUAGCGUCAUCACCGCAACCACAAACACGACGCCGGGGUUGAAUAUCAUCACGGAGUAUUGCUGGGGUCUGAUCAUGCCGGGGAAGCCGAUCGCCAACGUGUGCUUCAAGGUGUACGGCUACAUGAGCAUGAACCAGGCCGUCUCCUUCCUUACCGACUUCAAGCUCGGCCACUACAUGAAGAUCCCCCCAAGAUCCAUGUUCCUGGUGCAGUUCGUGGGGACGGUGGUGGCGUCGACGGUGAACACGGUGGUGGCGUGGUGGCUGCUGACCACCGUGCCGCACAUCUGCGAGAAGGGACAGCUCCCGGAGGGCAGCCCGUGGACGUGCCCGGGCGACCACGUCUUCUUCGACGCGUCCGUGAUCUGGGGCCUCGUCGGCCCGCGCCGCAUCUUCGGGCCGCUCGGCUACUACUCCGCCCUAAACUGGUUCUUCCUCAUCGGGCUGGCCGGGCCGGUGGUGGUGUGGCUCUUCGCCAAGGCGCUGCCGCGGCACGCCGGCUGGAUCAGCCUCAUCAACCUGCCCGUCAUCCUGGGAGGCACGGCCAUGAUGCCCCCGGCGUCGGCCCUCAACUACACGGCGUGGGGCUUCGUCGGCUUUGUGUUCAACUUCUUCGUGUUCCGGUACCGCAAGGGGUGGUGGAAGCGGUACAACUACGUGCUGUCGGCGGCCAUGGACGGCGGCGUGGCCAUCAUGGGGGUGCUCCUCUACUUUGCGCUCACCAGCUGGGGCCACCAGCUCGACUGGUGGGGCUCCAGGGGCGAGUACUGCGACCUCGCCGCCUGCCCCACCGCCAAGGGCGUGCUGGUGGACGGAUGCCCCGUCAUCUGA